AUGUUUUUUGGAAUGAGUCGUAAUCAAAGGGAGAAACGGUGGGCCGAAAAAGCAGUCCAACAUGCAGUGGUAGGCAGAAAGCGAAUGGAAGCUCAAAGAGAAGACAAAAUUGUGUCAAUUGCGGCUGCUUGCAAAAGCCGGGCCACCACAGCACUGCAAGAACCGAUAGAAAUUGUGCAAUCCGAAAACGAUGUUUCACAAUACUAA